UCGGAAGUGGCUGCAGACGAGCUUUUUGUACACCUGUGAUCAUGACCCGCAGAGGGAUGUGAAAACUGCGUCGAAAUGAGUAACCCAGUCGCGUUUUAACGAUUUAAACGACUUUUAUGUAGAGAUAAGGAGUCGAAGACAACUUCCGGUAUGAUGUUGGCGGCUUACUGGUCGGUUCUGGCCAUAAUUUGGUCGGUUGGAGCAGCUAAAACGGACGGAGACGAUGAUUGGGUUCAUCUGCCAAACAGAUGUGAAGUCUGUAAGUUCGUCAGCAUCGAGAUGAAGUCGGCCUUCGAAGAGACGGGCAAGACGAAGGCAGUCAUCGAGAGCAACUACAACUUCAUAGAUGGGAAGGGAGCGCCGCCGGUCAAAUACGUCAAGUCAGAUCUGCGAUUCAUCGAGGUUGUGGAGAACGUGUGCCAGAGGCUGCUGGAGUACAACCUGCACAAAGAGAGGAGCGGCAGCAACCGCUUCGCCAAGGGCAUGUCGGAGACGUUCUCCACCCUUCAUGGCCUGGUGCACAAGGGAGUGAAGGUGGUGAUGGAUAUUCCCUAUGAACUUUGGAACGAGACGUCUGCUGAAGUUGCCGACCUCAAGAAGCAGUGCGAUGUGAUGGUGGAAGAGUACGAGGACGUGAUUGAAGACUGGUACAAAGGGAACCAGGAGGAAGACCUGACCACUUACCUGUGUGACAAACACGUUCUGAAAGGAGGAGACAAAGCCUGCCUGAAUGAGAACUGGACUCCAAAGAAGAAAGGAGACCAGGCAGCUAUUGCAGAGGACAAGAAGAAGAAAAAGAAGAAGGGAGGCAAGAAAGGAGGAGAGAAGGGAGACGGAAGCUCCGACGGAGAGAAGACGACAAAGAAGAAGAAAAAGGAGAAGAAAGUGAAGAAGAAGAAAAAGAGCAAAUCUCCGGUGGAGAAGUCGGACGGAGGGCAGACGUCGGAUGAGGAGAUCCAGCCUCAGGUGCCUCUUUCUGGGCAGAAAACGGAGCUGUGAGCUGCUGGAUCUUCCCUGCCUGUUUCAAACAAUCUGCAGCUGUCGUCUAAACAGGAAAUAUGCCAAACAAGCACUUCCUGUUACCGAGUUUUAAAGUCCUUUAAGCCGAGACGUUAUCGUUGUUUUAGGACUUCGUGGUAUUUGUCGGACGGUUCGUUUUCAUUCUGAAUUCUACAUCCACGAAUCAUUUAAAUUUGGGAGCCUUUAAUUAAUGAAUUUAUUACACAAGAGUCUUUAUAAAAACAAAAAUUAGUGUAUUUUGGACUGCUUGUGUCAUAAAGAUCAUGGUUCUGUUGAAAAACUCAGUUUUGCCCCAAAUUUAAGUGACGUGAAUCAAAACUCACUGAAAGAUGAGAUUAAAUAAUUUAUGAAUGAAAAUCAAGUAUAAUCUAAUCCCACUUCCUUUUAAAAGAUGCUUUUCUGAUUGUAGAUUAAACUUCCUGGGAAAUGAAAAGUGUGGUCUGAGUCGAGACAGAAAACUUUCACUUUAAAGUUGUGAAACUUUUGUCAUAUUUUUCUGCAGAUCGUCUUAACAAAGUGACUCGUUCGUUUCCUAUUCUCUGUUUUCAUACCAGUAAAUUCGUCAGAGCUGGACCUUUUGGUACAUUAAUUUUCCUUUAAGUCUGUUUUUGUGCACUGUACAAAAGUUGCUAUUUAAGGUGUGUGUGGUUGACCUCAGCUGUUGCAUUUUUGUGUAUUUUUAUGAGAUUUUUACUCUGAAGUAAGAUGCUGGUGUUGAUGUAUUGGAGCUGGAACUAUUUGAAUCUCUGCAAACAUUGAGUGAAUUAAAGUAGGUCAAUAUGUUGCCUCAUUUUA